AGCAGCUUCGUUGCAUCAGUGGUGUUCAUUUGUAGUCAAUCAUGCAGUGGGAAAUAUUGUUGCUGCUCCUCAUCACUCAACUUCCAUCGAUACUCCCAAUUGUGUAUCAAUACAACGUCGUGGGCUCCACAACCAACAAUGCCCGGGUUUAUCAGGUUGGCACGAAGCAAAUCUACGUGAGCAACUGGCGCACCAAUUGGCACCAAGCCUACGGCACCUGCAGAAGCCUGGGCAUGCAGAUGGUCACCAUUGAGAGUGAUGCCGAUAAUCGUAAUCUCUGGGACUUUGUCAAUGCGCAGAAUCUGGGCGAAUGCUGGCUGGGCGGAACGGAUCUCGGGACUGAGGGCAACUGGAAUUGGUUCCCAACCGGGCGUCAGUUUGUGUACACUCGCUGGGCGCCUGGGAAUCCCAACAAUCUCGGUGGACAGCACUGUCUGCAGUUCUGGACGCGCUAUCCCAGCUUCUGGGACGAUGAUCACUGCUGGCGUGAGAAGUUCUUCAUGUGCGAAGCUGUGCAGUGCAGCAAUUCUCCUGUGCAGAUUCAACUGCCAACGAACAUUCAGUACCAAUCCACAGCGCUGCAGCCGCAGCAGUACCAAGUGGCGCCAAAUCCCUACGUGCAAUCCGUUCAGCCCAUCCAAACGGCAGUGCAUCUUCCGACCACAGUUCACGUCCCGUCGCCGGUUAACGGAGUCCUGUAUGUUCACUAGCUCUAGUAGAUCAGGCAAUAAAUUAUUUUAAUGAUGAUUUUGCGCCUUGAGCUUAUCUCGAAAGAUUGUCCUUGUCGGUGAAAGAUUGUGCUCAAGAUCAUAAUCACGCUUG